GAAGCAGCCGCCACAGCCACAGCCAUGAGUAUAGCUGCCACUGUAACUGACAGGUCUUAAAUUCAGCCCUGCAGGGCUCCGGGGCUGUCAGAUGCCUCCUUACUUCUCUGCCGGGCUCUGGCAAUUGAACGUCUCUUUGGAGACCAGGGAACGAGCCACAAGUUGAAGGUUUCUGUUGGUUUUUAUAUUGAGGAAUGGCUCUUUCUUUAGUUGGCUUUUAAAAAGAUCUGGUAGAAGAGAGGGAAAGACGGACGGCUUCAUAGUGGAACCCUGUUCUUUCCUCUGAAGUUACAGCUGCUGUGAGCCCGUGAGUCUCCCUCGGACAUGGCAACAAGCGGCUUUCACUUCGUACCAUGUGACACCAAACGGGCAUCCAGACAGCUUGGAGCAUCUGCUGUGGGCAGUUCAUCAGCCAAGGUGGAUCUCAAGAGUGGUCUGGAAGAGUGUGCGGAGGCAUUGAACUUAUUUCUAAGUAACAAAUUUAAAGAUGCCUUAGAGUUGCUUCGUCCAUGGGCCAAGGAGAGCAUGUACCAUGCCUUGGGAUACAGUACCAUUGUGGUGUUGCAGGCUAUCAUGACCUUUGAGCAACAGGACAUCCAGAAUGGCAUUUCUGCCAUGAAGGACGCCUUGCAAACCUGCCAGAAAUACAGGAAAAAAUGCACAGUUGUGGAGUCCUUCUCAAGUCUCCUGUCUCGGGGGUCGCUGGAACAGCUGAGUGAAGAGGAAAUGCAUGCAGAAAUCUGUUAUGCCGAGUGUCUCCUACAGAAAGCAGCACUCACGUUUGUGCAGGAUGAAAAUAUGAUCAACUUCAUCAAAGGUGGACUCAAAAUUAGAACAAGUUACCAAAUAUAUAAAGAGUGCCUUUCCAUCCUGCACGUGAUUCAAAAGAACAAACAAGAACAGCACUUCUUCUAUGAGUUUGAAGGAGGUGUCAAGCUCGGAACAGGGGCCUUUAACUUGAUGCUGUCUCUUUUACCAGCAAGAAUUAUCAGAUUGCUAGAAUUUAUUGGAUUUUCUGGAAACAGGGACCUAGGCCUCCUGCAGCUACGGGAAGGCGCGUCAGGAACUAGCAUGCGGUCCCCGCUCUGUUGCCUUACCAUCCUGGCCUUUCAUACCUACAUCUCCCUUAUUCUCGGUACAGGAGAAGUGAACGUGGUGGAAGCAGAGAGUCUCCUCGCACCCUUCCUUCAGCAGUUCCCAAAUGGCUCGCUCAUACUGUUCUAUCAUGCCCGAAUCGAGCUGCUGAAGGGCAAUGCUGAGAAGGCUCAAGAAACGUUUCGAAAAUGCAUUUCAGUUCAAGAAGAGUGGAAACAGUUUCACCAUCUCUGUUACUGGGAGUUAAUGUGGAUUUAUAUAUACCAACAAAAUUGGAUGCAGGCGUAUUAUUAUUCAGACCUCCUUUGCAAAGAGAGUAAAUGGUCCAAGGCAACAUAUGUGUUCUUGAAAGCUGCCAUUUUGAGCAUGCUUCCAGAGGAGGAUGUGGCGACGACUAAUGAGAAUGUGGUGGCUCUGUUCAGACAGGUAGAUGGCUUGAAGCAGAGGAUCGCGGGGAAAUCUCUUCCAACUGAGAAGUUCGCUGUGAGGAAGGCUCGUCGGUACUCACCCUCCUCAGGCGCCCCAGGAAAGCUCGUCCUGCCUGCCCUGGAGAUGAUGUACGUCUGGAAUGGCUUUUCAAUAGUGGGCAAGAGAAAGGACCUUUCUGAAAACCUCUUGGUGACUGUGGAGAAGGCUGAGGCAGCUUUACAAAAUCAGAACUUUACUGACUCGGUGGAUGAUGAGUGCUUAGUGAAACUGCUAAAAGGAUGCUGCCUCAAGAACUUACAGCGGCCCUUGCAAGCUGAGCUGUGUUUCAACUACGUUGUGGAAAGUGAAAAGCUACUGAAGUAUGACCACUAUCUGGUGCCAUUCACUCUGUUUGAGUUGGCAUUUUUGUAUAAAAGCCAAGGGGAAGUUGACAAGGCCAUAAAGGCCCUCGAAACUGCAAGAAACAACUACAAAGACUACUCCUUGGAGUCCAGACUACAUUUCAGAAUUCAAGCAGCCCUUCACCUCUGGAGGAAGCCGUCCUCAGACUGAUGGGUUGAUGGGAAAGCACAGGCGGCAUCCCCCAGUUAACACGGACUCUUGCUGUGGAGAUCAGUCAAGGUGGAGCCGCGAUCCUUUGACUAAGGAAGGAGACUCUGUUGGCAGGUGCUUCCUGUCACCUGAGUGGCUUAGUGGUGGUCUACCUAUUUUCCCCAAUGGAAUGGCAUUCAAUAUUGUAUAGAAAUUCUUAUACUCUGCCUUUAAAAAGAAUUUCACAUUAGAUUUCAAUUGAGGGACGAAGUCUUUUAAAAGACUGGCAGGUACAAUAAAGUCUAGUUAGAUUAUUUAUUUUUUUAAUGUGAAAAUUAAUAUUGUUCAGGUAGCAAAUGGCUUUAUAAGCGGGGCCAUUUUUAGAUUGGCUUGUCCUUUAAACUUCAGAGAUAUUUUAUUGCUUAGUAUUUAAAUCUCAGAGCAGAAAUAAAUAUCACAUCUAAGAUAAUAUAACAAUGGGUUUCUGAAGGUUCUGGAAGAGAGAAGCAGAGGUCCCGAGGGGUGAGGAAAGAUGAUGCAGUUGUAAGUUCUCAGCUUUCUGCUUUCUCACUGGUUGAAAUGGUGGCAUUUUUCAGAAACUAUCCUGUAUUUGAAUGUACUCCUAUCUGAUCCAGUAAUAGCGUUCAGCCAUGUAGACGCAUUUCUUAUGUAUCUGUGGGAAGAAAAAGCUGUAUUUUAGAACUCCCUAACCUUAGUGCUGAAGCCUGAAAUAUAGACUAUGACUACUUUUCUUAUAGGAAGGAAAGAUCCCUGUUGCUUUAAAUGAUAUGUAAAAUAUCAGUCAUUUUUAUACUAGGAUGUGGCUGGGCCAGCGCUGAUAGGUUUGUUUUGUUUAAACAUCUGGGCUGUAUUUUGGUUCUCUGAGUAGGAACCAGAGCUAGAGCAUGGAGCCAGAAGAGCCAGGCUCUGCUACUGGUGAGCAGAUGACCUUUCUGGAGUCCCUAUACCUGUCAAUCACUGUAUCUUCCUCAUUUGUGAAAUACAAAAAGGACAGGUGACUUUAACUCUCUCUGAGUUUUACAGCCAUGAAUCUGUGUAUUAGGUGUUUUCAACAAUGUUUAGCAUUUAAUCCACAUUCUUCCCAUCUGGAAUGUUUCAUAGUGUUUUUUUUCAGUCCCCCUCCUCCUCCUAAUCCACCACCAAUAGUAGUUGUCACAGCUACGGGCCAGAUUCCAUCCAGUGAGGAAAAACAAACAGUUCGUGAGUCCAUGAAUCGGGUUUUUGCCCCGUUUACUUAUCUGGAUGAUGGGCAGCUCCACCUUCCCUAGGCGGAGCCCUGAAUUUGUAGUUAGGAGUCCCUCUCUGUUGGGGAAUAGUUCACAAUGUAAGCAGACGACCUACCUUUUCUAGGACUUGGAUUUUCCAGUGGGAAUGGCAAGGCAGCACCCGGUGCUCUGAGGCCUCAGUCCAGUGGUGCCUUUGGUAGCUUUCUGUGCAUUGGGGAGUGAGUCUGAUGAUUACGGCUUUGUGUGUGAGUACAGUCCCUAUAAAGAACCAGCUGAGUCUUUGGGCUCUCAGUAACAUGAGAUGAGUGUGGGCAGUCAGAAACCUCAUAUUCAUGCAUUCAGCACCGACAGCGGCCCAAAUUAUGGAGUCGCACCUGCUGCCCCCUGCUGCAGUUCCCCAUGCUCAGCAGGUGUUGGUGUGUUACUUAAGGAACCAUUUCUUGACCAACGUUGAGGAAGUUCCUUGAAGAAGAUGAUUAAUACACUUUGAGUCAGAGGACCAUCCCUUCAGAUAACAUGGGGGCAGAUACCAUAUCACAUUAAUAUAAAUUAUACAACUAGCUACAGAUAAAAGGGAAAUAAAUUGCUAUGAUAUUGUAGAAAUAUGUUCAAUAAUUAUAUAUAUAAUUUUGAAGAAGAGUUUAUAAAUUCUUUAGAAGAGCUUUAAUAACAUUAUUUUUAAAACAUAUAUAUAUAUAUAUAUAUAUAUUCAUAUUAUUAAAGAAUAUAGCUGGGUGUGGUGGCACAUUCCUUUAAUCCCAGGACUUGGGAGGCAGGAGUAGGCAGAUCUCUGAGUUUGAGGCCAGCCUGAUCUACAUAGUGAGUUUCAGGCCAGCCAGAGCUACAUAGUGAAACCAUGUCUCCAAAAAGAAACACAAAAAGAAUAUAUACCCAUAUUAUAUGAGAAACUGUCAGAGCUCAUGGUCUAUAACAAAUUCCCAUUCUGGUAUAAAAUGAAAAAAUAAUUAAGGUAAAACACCUAUUUUAGGGGCUGGUGAGAUGGCUCAGCAUUAAGAACACUCGCUGCUUUUCCUCUUCUGGCCUCUGUAGGUACCCAAACAGACACGGCAUAUGUUCACAUAGAAGAAACACACCCAUACACAUAAGUAGAGAAGCUUUUUUUAAAUGACCACUUUGACAUUAUCGAAGAAAUUCACCUGUGUCAUUUUGUUUUGUGUUUUUCUUGUUCUUGUUACUCACAUUCUCUUCAGCAGGGUGGACCGUCUAUCUAGGGCCUUUAUAAAUACUGUAAUAGAGUUAAUGCCACAGACGUUUAUCUGUUUCCUGUCAUGUUCACUGUACUGGCACCAGUUUCUUAGGAUGCUUGUAAGGAUCGAUCGUCUCUUAAAAUCUGUUUAGUGAGGAGCAAGUGCCUAGGGACAGCAGUCAUCUGAUCAUCUUGCGGAGAGGCACAGGUGCUGGAUUGGGGUUCCAGUGUGUCCAAUGACAGUUUGUGUAGCCGCUGGUGGAACUGCCUCUGUUCAUCUUACAUCGGGAGGCGGUGUUCCGAUCAGUGCCAUGUAAAUAUAAAGGUGGUGUGUCGGAGCCUUGGCGAGUAGGAAACAGUUAAUUGCACCAACUCCAUGUAUAUUUGAACGCUUGCUCUUCCUGCGUGUAAGAUGUGUUCUCCAGUAACAGAGCAGACAGUUUAGUGGCUUUCCGAGGAGUCAGUAGGUAGGAGCUACAGGGAGAUAAAUUCCAGAUUCCUGGGUGCGAAGGACAAUCUGCAGUCAUUAGAGUAACCCAAGAGUCCCACCAGCUCUUGGGAAGGGGUGAGUUCAGCAGUACUGGGUGGCCGUCGUUCCUCCCUGGUCGAGUGGCUGGGUUAGUGGAACUGGAGGGCAGGCCAUUCUACAGUUUCUCGGUCAGGGCUUAAAGCCUGUGGUGUGGGAGGGUAGAAAGCCAGAGCCCCUCUUCAAAUAGAAAGAAGUGCAUGGUCCUUUCUCCGUCAUUCUGUUGUGAUGGGCCCGAACACAUCUGCUGUUAAUGCUCGUCACGAUUCUGUAUCUCACCCAUCCCCGUGAGGUCUGUUACCUUUUCCAGUACAGCCCCCACUCCCUGGGCAGUGAGAGGAAUUUAAAAUCGGUCUUCAUGACCAAGUGGAAAAUGAAUUCUGGAAUUAUUCCAGCUAAUCCUCUAGACUUUGAUUUUGCUAUUUCUUUCCUCCCCAUUGUUGUAGCCCUUGCAUUCCUGAAUCACCAGUUCCGGUACAGCUUGUUGAAAUUAGUUAAUAAGGCUCGGUGAUUGAAAUCCUCAGCGUUUGUGAUUCAUCAGGUCUGGGUCUUAGAAAACGAUUUUGUCCUUUUCAGCCGUUGAGUGUAUUACUUCUUCAGCCCUUCUCUGUCAGCUGCGCUAGCCACUUGUCCACUGUGGCUCCUCCCCUCCUGAAGUGGCCGUGGGCGGUGGGACCGUCCUUCUUGCCUGCAGCAGUUCUCAGAGGCUUCCUGGGCUCUUGCCCCCUGGCAUUCUGGCAUGCACUUGCUGUCCACUGUGACUGCCCAUUCCUCGUCUGGUACAUUGUCUUGUUUCAAAUCUCUCAGUGGUUUACUUUUUCUCUUUAAGUGCCCUUACACUUUCAUCCUUCCUGAGUAUUUGACAGAUGAACAUUGGUCUCACCCACCUCAUGCCCCUGUGAACUCCUUGUGUGCCCAUCUAAAAGUCUUUAUUUUUAAGAUUGCUAGGUUAGUCUUAUUUUAUAAACUAUCUUUGCAUGUCACAAUUGUUAGGUAGCUUUCAUGAAUAAGAUAAUUUCUGAAAAAUUUAGUGAACCCUUUGUGAUACUUUUUUUUACUUUAUCAACUUGCUAACAUUGACCCUCUUCACUAGUCCAACAUACUAUUUAAAGAUUGUUAGGCAUAAUUUAUUCACUUAAGGAAUAACAUGGAAGAUGAUUUUUCUAAAUUUAAAUAUUUUAUGCCCUCCAGUUGCCUAAGUAUUUUGAGUGUGUGUAUAUUAUGAUAUACAAAAAUACAAAUUUUAAUCUCUUUAAGCACCUCUUUAUUAGAUACAGUGAUAGAGCUAAUGUAUCAAUAGACUGGUCUAUAGAUAAGUAAUAUAAAACAACCCAUAUUGCCUAAGCUUUCUUGCCCUUUUAGGAGUGGAAGGGUUUCUUCAAAUUGCUCUCCCACAGCCCAGUUACAUAUUUUACUGUAUGUAUUAGAUUUCUAGACCCCUGCCUCCCUAGUUGGUAUCUUGAUCAAUUGUACAUUUGCUAUUAGCAUUUAUUAUUUUAGAAUGUUGAACUUCAAGUGUAAUGUAAAGGGCACAUCAGACUGUCGUCAAGGAAGAUGGACUUGGUGUGAGUGCUUCCGUGUGAUCUGGAGAGACUUUUGUGUUUCAGUCCGUUCUAGCCCAUUUAUAAACUUCAUUCCUUCAGAAGGAAGUGACAGAAGAGCUCUUCUGUGUGUUGAGAUGGCUGAGCAGGUUCUCAGCCUGAGCCAUGCAGAAAGACUAAGCCCCGUGCCCUCCUGUGUGCAGUCCAGUGACAUGUGUUCAGCACAGUUACACUGCACCAGGCCUGUGCGCAAAGAUCAAAGCAGAUGCCUCACUGUAUUUAAAUAAUAAAGAAUUCUGUACAUGCCUAGAGGUUGAAUUUUAUUUUGUUUUAUUUAUUUAUUUAUUUAUUUUUUGUGGUGCUAGAAAUGGAACCCCGAGGACUGGUGCAUGCUCUACCACUGAGUAGGAAAAAUCAAGGUGCAGUAGGAACAAGCUACUGACGGUAAACACAUAGUACACCCUGUUUGCUAACUCAGUAGUUCUUAGAAGUGUCUAAUUUAAAGGAUGAACACGGGACAUGUGCAUAUUACAUUGGGUGUAUUUGUUUUAUGCCACCUUAACUUUUUUUUUCUUUAAUCCUUUGAAUUAAAAGUCUUGGUAGUUUGGGUACAAAAGAAAAUAAAAAGAAAUUGUUUUCAGUGGAACAGAACUGAAAAUGAGUGUAUCGGAAUAACUGAGCUCAUUAAAGAAUAUUACUUACAUUUAUUUUUGAAGGAAUUGCUUUGAGUUUGAAGUCUACUCAGUUUGAAGGUGUGGCACAUUCUGCUUGAGGAAUUAGACAGACCUCUGACUUCAGUCUUAUCUUUAAUAGAGCAGAAUGCACAGGUUGCAAUUUGGGAGAUAGUAAAUGAAUAUAAAUAAUUUUCACAAAUUCCCUUUUUUCCAGAAGUGUUUUCCCCCACAGUAGACCGUUAACUGCUUUCUGUUCGGCUCUCCUCUUGCCUCCUCCUGUCCUGGGGCAUAAACCAAGGGUGCGGGCACACUGCUAAGCAAGCACUGGGCCACUGAGCACCCAGCCCAAGUGAAUUAUUUUUAAGGAAGUAAUUUACACGAAGAGAGAGAUUGUCAUAAGUGUUUGAAAUCUCAGGCUUUUGGUUCUGUUUAAUGAUGUAAGAAAAUAGCACUGUUGGGUCCAGAUUACCCAGGAUUUACAGAGACAGCGUGUGCUCAGAGAUGGGUGCUGCACUCAGUCACCGUUUCAUGGGAAUUUUAGAGCUAAGUGUUGUUCAUCAUUUUUCCUUGUGUUGACUGUUGGCAUCUGAAUGAAUAUUAGCUGUCUCUUUAUAGAUUACUAUUUUAAAAUAUUUAUUGCAGAUGUUCAUAGAAUGCUCAGUUUUUGGUGCAAGUUAUAUACAAAGGCAUAUAUAUAUAUACGUACAUAUAUAUUUAAUAACUGAGAUGUAUUAUUUUUAUUGCACAACUUAUUUCCAAAGCAAAUUUACUUUGUGGGUGUUUGUCUUUUGAGAUUUUUUUUUUGCCUCAAAAAUACAAAAAGUAAACCUUUCUUCCCUUCUGGCCUGAAAGAGGCCUUCAUGAUAACGUUACCUUUUCACUUAUUUUUGGAGUAGGCAAAAUUAAAGGCAUUUGUAAACCAAUUAAGAGUUUCCGGUUGAAUCAUCGGCACUCACAUCUGUACUUAGCGUUCAGUGUCGUGCUGGUCGGACUGGGAGGCAUCCUGCCUCAGUCUUCUUUCCUCGUUGUACUGAGCGUGGUCUUCCGAAGUUCAUUCUCAGCAGUCAGUCCUACAGAGAAAGCCGUUUUAAACAUGGAAGGUGAGGACUCUUUGUAAAAUGAAUGUGUUAAUAACAUCCAUCUGCUAAUCAGUGAAUUAGGCUCAGGUCCUAGAGAGGGAAGAGGCCAUCUAGAGAGCUUUCCCUCAGUCAAGGAGGAAGAAGAAAGUGCGAACUGAUAUUUGUCAUGUAAAAGCUGUGUUCCCAUGACUUUUCAUAUGCUGAUUUUGUGUUACUCGUUAUCCUCUGUGAUGUGUAAGUGAAUGUAGAUAAAGAUUUAAAUUUUCAACAUGAAGACAACAGUUCCUGUUUCUAUUUUUACAAUUUAGACAGUUUUGAAAACAGAUGUCUUAUUAGAAAUUGUAUUUUUAAGUGCAAAUAAAUCAAUUUGAAAGUCAUUAUGUUUCCUUUCCCUUCCUUUGUACCUUGUAGAAGGCUCCUUGUUAGAUGCAUAUUUAAGUUGCCAGAUUGUUUUCAGAAUUCUCUAUUUUCGUAUUGCUGUAACCAGUCUACCUACAGUGUGCAAUUGAUUUGUUAUUUAAAUAAAUGAUACCUGAUGGAAUUACA